UGGAAAGGAAGCUGAAACACGUGUUUUUAUACUUUUCAGCAAAAAUAUCAAAUUAUUCCGAGAAAACUCCUUGAUUUUCACUGGUAGUUAGUGUAUUCGUUAAAUCUGCAUAAAUACUACGUGUGCUUAAUUGCGCCACAUUGCAACAUUGUGUUUGGAUAAAUUAUAUCAAUCGUAAAAUGACUGAAGAAAAAGUAGCUGAUGUAGCCGCGGAGAGCAAUGGAAAAGAGGAGAAAGAAGAAAAUGGGGCGAAAACCGAGCCCAUGGAUGAAGCAGAACUGGAGAGCGCUAUAAUUCGGCAGGUCGAAUAUUAUUUCGGUGACCUCAACCUUCCACGUGACAAGUUCCUCCGCGAGCAGGUGAAGCUGGACGAUGGCUGGAUACCGUUUGAGAUCCUCAUCAAGUUCAACCGGCUCGCCAAGCUCACUACAGACCUGGAGCUCAUCGCUAAGCUGCUGGGAAGGUCCAGAAGUGGUUUACUCGAGAUUUCAGAAGACAACAAGAAAGUCCGCAGAAGCCCCGACAUGCCCCUCCCCGAGAUGAACGAAGAGCGCCGUAAGGAAGUCCAGGGCCGCACGGUCUACGCCAAAGGUUUCCCCAAGGACGCUUUGCUGGAUGAUGUCUUGAAGUACUUCAAACAGUUUGAGGAGGUGGAGAAUGUCAUCAUGAGGAGAUACCAGGACAACAAGACUAAGAAGCGGCUGUUCAAGGGAUCAGUGUUCGCCACAUUCAAAACUAAAGAACAGGCGCAGAAGUUCCUGGAUCAGAGCGAGGUGAAGUACGGCGAGAACGAGCUGAUCAGGAAGUGGCAGGAGGCAUACGUGGCUGAGAAGCAGGAGGAGUAUGCCGCCAAGAAAGAGAAGAAGGACAAGAAGCCCAAGAAUGUGGAACAGGAGCCUCCUCAGGACGACCUCAAGUUGCCGGCCGGCACGGUGCUGCACAUCGACCACGGGAACGACAAGCUGAAACGGGAGGACAUCAAGGAAGGGUUCGCUAAGUUUGGUGAAUACGAAAUAGCGUACGUAGACUCAAAUCUCGGCGACACGCAGGGCUGGGUACGAUUCGCCAAAGAAAACGCCGCCAAAGAGAUCUUCGAGAAAAUCCCCGAUGGAAAAAUCACAGUUGCAGACACAGAAAUAACAGUCAAACUCCUCGGGGAAGAGGAGGAGACCGCUUACCUGACGAAAACCAUUGAACACAUGAGGAAGAGAAGGUUCAAUUAUAAGAAUAAUAAGCACCAUAAUAAGGGGAGGAAUUUCAAGGGGAAACAGGGGGGGAGGAAACGCAGGCAAGAUCAACAUGAUGACGCGCCGGCGGCGAAAGUUAAAGCUGAUGCCUAAAUUAAAUAGUACAUUUUCAGAGUAGAAAGAUAGGUAAGGUAUAGCCGGUCAAACAACUUUCAGUAGAAAAAGGCGCGAAAUUCAAAUUUUCUAAGGGACGAUUACCCAUCGCCCCUACAUUUUUUUCUACUGACGGAAAUGGCUUGACAGUCUACUCUAUACAGGUCGGUAGUAACUACCGACAGGGACGCAGCUAUAUAAACACGAUAGAGAUAUCUGCAUCUCACUUGUACGUAUUGCUGCGUCUCUGUCGUCUGUUACGGGAUGAAGUAAGGUGUGUAAAGCCUACCUCUGUCUAUCUUUCAACUCUCUUUUCCAAGCGAAUUUUCUUAUACAUUGUUUAAUGUUCAUAAAGUAAUGUCGGAUCUCAAAUGUUAUUAUAAGUAUUUUGAGAUCAAUAAGAGAAGCAAUGUAAUCGUUACAUGCCAACGUAUUUGUUAUCUAAGCUAAGAUGUUAAGAUGACCUUUAAAUGAAACUGAGUUUCUUUUAUGUUUUAAAUAAAAUAACGUAAUAAAUGUUUUA